AGCCCUCUUCCGUAUAAAAGAGCCUCCGGGUGUAGCGAUUCCAAACAGUUGGGCGUUGGGAGUGGGUCAGCAUGCAUGUCCAGGAACUGCUCUUCGUGGCCGCAAUCCUAGUGCCCCAAUGCCUGAGGGCAUUGCGAUAUAGCCAGGGCACUGGCGACGAGAACUGCGAGACUCUCAAGUCGGAGAUCCACUUGAUCAAGGAGGAGUUCGACGAGCUGGGCAGGAUGCAGAGGACCUGCAAUGCCGACGUCAUCGUCAACAAAUGCGAGGGAUUGUGCAACAGUCAAGUGCAACCAUCGGUGAUAACGCCCACGGGGUUUCUGAAAGAGUGCUACUGCUGCCGCGAAAGCUUCCUCAAGGAAAAGGUCAUCACUCUUACCCACUGCUAUGACCCGGACGGCACCCGUUUGACCUCGCCGGAAAUGGGUAGCAUGGACAUACGUCUUCGGGAGCCAACCGAGUGCAAGUGCUUCAAAUGUGGCGAUUUCACACGUUAAUGCCUCAACAUAAACUAUGCUAUUUGCAUCCAUUUGUUUUAGUUGCCCCUCAUUAAAGAUACUUAAAAUACUUAUACCUAAAAUCUUGUAUAUUCUUAAAUAUUUCGUAGUAAUAAAGACAUGA